AUGAUUUUGCUAAACACAUCAUUGUUAACCAUAUUGUACAAAAUGAAAGUCUUCAGUGAUAUACACAACUGCGACGAAAAUUCUAUCUCUGGCAGUCUAAAAGAAGCAAUAAGAGAUAUUGUAAAACGGGAGGAAUAUGUUACUUACAAAUUAAACAUAGGUGAUUUACCACAAAGUGGUGGUAAUUAUUUAGCAACGCUAGUAAGGGUCGAAAUAAAGGGACAAACUGUUGACGGUGAUAAAGAAACUAAUAUAAUUGUGAAAAAUAUUUUACAAGGUGAUCAUUUGGAAUUCUUUUCACUAUCUAAUAUCCAUUCAAGAGAAUUGUUUUUUUACAAUGAACUGUCAAAGAUGUUUACGAAACUACAAGAUGAAGCUAAAAUCCCUGUAAAUGAAAGAUACAAAAUGGCAAAAUGUUAUGAGGAGAGUAACUCUGAGUUUAUAAUUUUGGAAAAUUUGUCAAGAAACGGUUUUGUAACACCGGACAGGAUGGAUCCUGUCUCAUUUAGUUUUGCGAAGUUAACAAUUCAGCAGAUGGCGAGACUCCAUGCUUUGUCAUUAGUUUUAAAAAAUAAAAGGCCACAAUACUUUGACAGUAAAAUAAAGCCUCUUAGGACUCCAGUACAGUUCAAUACGGCAUUGGAAAACUGUAUGAAAAACUUUUGUAACAUUUCUACAGAAUGUUUAAACAAUGAUAUGAAAAAGAAGACAGAAACAUUUAUAGCAACAAUUGGCGAGACCUUGAAGCGGCAUAUGUUGGACACGUCUAUAGGAUGCCUAUGCCAUGGAGAUUUGAAAAGUACAAAUAUUCUGAAAAAAAUAAACGGUAAUGAAGUAUCUGAAGUUGUUUUUAUUGACUACCAAAUGUCAUUCUAUGGAAACCCAUUGAUGGAUAUAAUGUAUUUCAUAUUUUCGGCAACAGACCAACCGUUCAGGAGGAACCACUUAGAAACCAUCAAGAACCUGUAUUAUGACACGAUAAAAACUUUUCUUGGAUACUUUGAAAUGGAUGUAGAGGAUCAUUUCCCAAGAAAAAUAUACGAACAGUUAUAUAAAGAUUCCCUAACUUACGGUCUUAUUAUAGGAAUAUGUUUCUUACCUUUAUCUUUUGCAGCCAGUGAUGAUAUACCCGAUUUUUCUAAAGCUUCUCCAGAAAUAUUCAAAGUUGAUCCAAGAUUGAAAAGUAGAUUAGAUGGUAUAAUAGAAGAUUUUACUCAGUGGGGUUAUCUUUAA